AAAAAAAAACUCAAAAAGACUCAUCAGUUUCUUUUUUUCUUCUUACAAAACUACGGUUUUGUUUUUCCACAAAUUCACAUUUGUCUAUAUCUCACUGUGAAUGAAAGGAAACAAGAAAGACUCAUCGGAGAAACCCAUAUGGGAUCGGACCUCAUCGAAUAUAUCCAUGACCCGACCCGGUCGUUUAAUGAUCUGGCUCCUCCUCUUCAUCUCCGUCACUUAUAUCAUCUACACUCUCAAGAUCGUCUCCACUUCACACCCUUGCCAAGAAGAUCUUACCUCCUAUGACUCCGACUCAAUUCUUCAUCAUCAAAGACCCGCGAAAAAAGCACUCACGGUUCCGGUAACGGCGGCGGAGCACGAAGCCACCGAUCUAAACCAUGUGGUGUUCGGUAUUGCUGCGUCGUCGAAGCUAUGGAAACAUAGGAAAGAGUAUAUCAAGAUUUGGUUUAAGCCAAAGAAGAUGAGAGGAUACGUGUGGUUAGACAAAGAGGUAAAGAUUAAAUCAGACGCCGGAGAUCAAGAAAACCUCCCGCCGGUGAGAAUCUCCGGUAACACGUCGUCGUUUCGUUAUACUAACAAGAAAGGACACCGAUCAGCGAUACGGAUCUCGAGGAUAGUUUCCGAGACGCUGAUGAAUCUUGAUUCUGAGGAGAAGAAGAAGAACGUGAGGUGGUUCGUGAUGGGUGAUGAUGAUACCGUGUUUGUUACGGAUAAUCUAAUUAGGGUUUUGAGGAAGUAUGAUCACGAACAGAUGUAUUAUAUUGGGAGCUUGUCGGAAUCUCAUUUACAGAACAUUUUUUUCUCUUAUGGAAUGGCUUAUGGUGGUGGUGGUUUUGCUAUUAGUUAUCCUUUGGCUGUGGCUUUGAGUAAGAUGCAAGAUCGGUGUAUUCAGAGGUAUCCGGCUUUGUAUGGUUCUGAUGAUCGGAUGCAAGCUUGUAUGGCUGAGCUUGGUGUUCCUUUAACUAAGGAGAUUGGGUUUCAUCAAUACGACGUUCAUGGGAACCUCUUUGGCCUCCUAGCUGCACAUCCGGUAAUACCGUUUGUAUCAAUGCACCAUCUUGAUGUUGUGGAACCGAUUUUUCCAAACAUGACUCGUGUUCGGGCCAUUAAGAAACUAACUACACCGAUGAAGAUCGAUUCGGCCGGGCUUCUCCAGCAAUCAAUAUGUUAUGACAAGUACAAAAGCUGGACGAUUUCGGUCUCGUGGGGAUACGCGGUCCAGGUGUUCCGCGGAUCUUUUUCUCCUCGCGAAAUGGAAAUGCCUUCUAGGACUUUCUUGAAUUGGUACAAAAGAGCGGAUUACACUGCCUACGCGUUCAAUACUAGGCCCGUGAGUCGCAAUCCUUGCCAAACACCGUUUGUUUUCCACAUGUCAAAUGUGAAAUUCGACCCGCAGUUGAAUACGACGGUUAGCGAAUACACGAGGCAUCAGGAUCGGCAUCCGGCUUGCCGCUGGGAUAUGGCUAACCCGGAGGAGAUCAACAAUAUAGUAGUCUACAAAGAACCGGAUCCUCACCUAUGGAGCAGGUCACCAAGAAGAAACUGUUGCAGAGUAUUACAAACAAAGAGGAAUAAUACAUUAUGGAUAAAUGUUGGUGUAUGUAGAGCAGGUGAAGUCACUGAAGUUAAGUAAUACCAAAUUUUGUAAUAAAAUGAAUUUUGAUAGAGAAAAUAUAUUAGAGGCACCUUCUUAGGCUUUUUAAUCAUAUGGUUUUUGCCAGCUAAUUAUUUAAUUUUACUCCA